ACAACACAAUUUGGUCGCAAGUGUAAACAAAAUUUUCAUUUUGCAUUUUCCGCUUUUUAUAAUCCGCUUUAAAUGGCUAAACAUCAUCCAGAUUUAAUCUUCUGUAGGAAGCAGCCAGGUGUAGCUAUUGGACGCCUCUGUGAAAAAUGCGAUGGAAAGUGUGUCAUUUGUGAUUCUUAUGUGCGUCCAUGCACCCUGGUCAGGAUCUGCGAUGAAUGCAACUACGGUUCCUAUCAAGGACGAUGCGUAAUCUGUGGUGGUCCCGGAGUAUCAGAUGCCUACUACUGCAAAGAAUGCACAAUCCAGGAAAAAGAUAGAGACGGAUGCCCCAAAAUCGUAAAUCUGGGCAGCUCAAAGACAGACUUAUUCUACGAAAGGAAGAAAUAUGGGUUUAAGCAGAGAUAAGACCGAAUUAAAUAUCUCAGAAGAACGGCAAAGGAAAAGAAAUCAUUUUGUCAAUGGGGAUUUUUUUCUUAUUCACCGUACAGAAGAGGAAUCACUGCUGGGGAACAUGUCUAAAUUAUAAUAUAUAGGAACUUUUUCUCAUGCGAUGCAAAUUAUCUGAAGAGGCAAUACAGCUCCCUGCAUAUUCUGUAGAGCGGCAGCCCAAUCACCGUGAAGUAGUCACCCUCGAUGCGCUCAAUGAAUGUCCCACCCACACCCUGAAUCCCAUAGCCUCCGGCUUUAUCCAGGGGCUCCCCGGUGUCCACAUACGCAUGGAUCUGCUCCGGUGUGGCUUGGCCAAAGUACACAUCUGUUGUCUCUGUGAAUCUAAUGAAUUUAUCCGCAAUCUUUAUCACAACACCCGUGUAGACGCGAUGUUUGCGAUUCAUGAGUCUGCAAGACAAAGGAAAAAGGUCAUCAGCAUGUUCACAUUGCGGAUCCUCCACAUCCUGAAUCCCUUACUUGGUCAGUAUCUGAAAUGCCCUCUCCUUAUUUUUGGGCUUCCCAUACACCACCCCAUCCAUCGUUACAACUGUGUCUGCGCCAAUUAUGACAUCCGGAGCCGGGUCGUGGAGUCUAUCGCUAACUUCCAGCACCUUAUGGAGUGCAGUCUCUUCCACAUAUGCGCAAAAUGACGGAAAAUCCUCAGGUUUGAAGUCUUCCUCAAAGCGCGAAGGGCAAAUCUCAACAUUUAUUCCCUGAAAUGUGAUGAGAAAAAAACACUCAACCCCCAACCCAAUUUUUCAGCACCCCUUUCCGGCUCACUUACGAGAUUUUUCAUCAAUUCCUGCCUACGGGGUGAUCCACUAGCUAACACUAUUCGCUUCUGAUUGAGCACAUGACGCACCGGGUGCAGCAUUUUGCGGAAAAUCUACUUUUCACGGAAGCAAGUAGACGAAAACAAAACACCACCUCCUUCCUUCCCGCACGUUUCUGUAUGGUCCCAAAUUGGCCUCCACAAGAAGUUAACUUGACUGUCAGUGUGUCCCACAAAGGGCUGUUUUAAGCGCUAAAAUUUAAACUUGGAAAAUCAUUGGUUUUUCACGAUAUUUUUACGUUUUUCAUCCGGAAAAGCGUCAAUAAAAAGAUUUUUCUUUAAAUUCAAGAGGAAUAAUUUAUUUAUCACAAAACUGUUAAAAAGUGUAACCAACACAAAUGAGGGAAAUUUUGCAUGGAUGUAAUAAGUAAAAGAAAAUUCUAAAAAAUAAACCAUUCUUUCUGUACAGAUUUUCCAGGAAUUCACUUAUUGUGCUAUUUUGAUGCUGUUGCAUUAA